AUGGCUCAAAGUAAUCAUUGGAAAAUACUUUGUAAUUGUGAUUUAAGUGGUUACACUCUGGUUAUACCAAGUGUGGCUGUUGGCAAUGUGGGCCAACUUGCAUGUGAUCUGGUCGUUUCUUCUUUAUUCAUGAGAAAAAUAGCAAUGGUAUACAGUCCUGCGCUGGUCCCGGUAGCGGGAUGCGAUCCUUACAAGCUGGAGUCUACAUCUAUCGCUAGCUGUUGUGAAGUUUAUGUUUGUGAGACGCGCAAAAUAGUUAUCCUUCUCUUAAGAGCGCCAUUGGUGCAAAAAUAUUCACAGCAGUUUUUAACAGAAGUGGUGGAUAAAUUUACAGCUGAUAACAUAAAGGAUGUUAUUAUUUUAACUAGUGCUUUUGCUCACGAGAAAAGGCAUAUUAUGACAUCACCAUUCCGAUAUGUAGUCAAUGAAAUGUGCCCCUACAAAAAUAAAUUGAAAAGUUUGGAGUGGGUGGAACAUGAACCUAAAGAGGAAUCAGUAACAAUUAUUGGAGGAGGUUUUGCAAAUUUGCUGUAUGAUAUAGUCAAUCAGAAAUCAGUACCAUGUUUAAUCAUAUACAAGUUCUCUUCAGAAGGUGAUAAUAUUCCGGAUGCAUAUGAAAUGGUUCAUUAUUUGAAUUCUGUUGUUACAUUGUUUGAUGAGCCUGAGUUUUAUAAGAAAUUGAUUCAACCAGUGUCAUGGAAACAUUUGUAUGGAGGUCCACCUCCAACUAGUAUUUAUUAA